UCCAAUGAAAUUCUACGAUCUUAACUUAAGCAAUCAAAUUCUUACUAUCCAAACAGUGUAAAUUUGUCGUCUAUCGAAUUUUCAUCGUAAAUUAUUUCUUCAUGAAAUCUCACGGCUCAAAGAAAACGAAAUCGUGGUGUCUCAGCUGUCGUAAAAAGCCGCAAACAAUGGAUUCGGAUUUAAGUGAUCAAGAAGUGGAAAAUCACACAGAACCUUCGAACGAGUCUGCGGAAGAACAAGAUAACUCCUUGGCUGAUCAAAAAUUCACGUAUGAUCUGCUUGUCAUUGGUGGUGGAUCAGGUGGUUUGGCAGCAGCCAAAGAAGCUGUAACUCUAGGUGCAAAGGUUGCAGUUCUUGAUUUUGUGACACCAUCUCCACAAGGUACUACUUGGGGUUUAGGUGGUACUUGUGUAAAUGUUGGUUGUAUACCAAAGAAAUUGAUGCACCAAGCUGCAUUAUUAGGAGAAGCUAUUGAGGAAGCGUCAGCUUACGGUUGGAAAGUACCAGAUCCACCAACUAUCAAAAUUGAUUGGGAAGCAUUAAAGAAUGCAGUACAAAAUCAUGUAAAGUCUGUGAAUUGGGUCACACGUGUUGAACUUAGAACAAAAGAAGUUGAAUAUAUCAAUGCACUUGGCUAUUUUAAAGACAAUCAUACAGUAUGUGGAAUAAUGAAAAAUGGACAAGAAAAAGUGUUCACAGCUCAGAAUAUUUUGAUUGCUGUAGGUGGCAGACCAAGAUAUCCUGAUAUUCCUGGUGCUUUAGAAUAUGGUAUAAGCAGUGAUGAUAUCUUUAGCUUGGAGAAAGCUCCAGGAAAAACACUCAUUAUUGGUGCUGGAUAUAUUGGUUUGGAGUGUGCUGGUUUUUUGAAUGGUUUAGGUUACGAUACAACUGUAAUGGUACGUUCAGUUGUUUUACGAGGAUUUGACCGACAAAUGGCAACUACUAUUGCGCAAGAAAUGGAAAACCGUGGUGUUCGCUUUAUUUACCUUGCUAAGGCAUCAAAAAUUGAGAAGCAAAGCAAUGGUCAACUUCUUGUACAUUGGGUUGAUGAAGAUGGAAAAACACAUCAAGAUACUUAUGAUACUGUUCUUUUUGCUAUUGGUCGCAAACCAGUUACAGAAGAACUGAAACCUGAAAAUAUUGGCCUUGAGCUCGUUUCUAAAACUGCAAAAAUAGACGCAGUAAAUGAACAGACAAAUAUUCCAAAUGUAUAUGCAGUUGGUGAUGUGCUUCAUAAAAAACCAGAGUUAACACCUGUUGCUAUACAUGCUGGUAGAUUAUUAGCGAGAAGGUUAUUCGGAAAUUCGACGGAACAAAUGGAUUAUGCGAACGUAGCAACUACAGUAUUUAGCCCUCUAGAAUAUGGAUGUGUUGGUCUAGGCGAAGAGGCAGCAAUCGCCAUUCAUGGGGAGGCUAAUAUAGAAGUUUAUCAUGCAUAUUAUAAACCAACGGAAUUCUUCAUACCACAAAAAGAUGUUUCCCAAUGUUAUUUAAAAGUUAUUGCUCUUCGAGGUGGCGAUCAAAAAGUGCUUGGUAUGCAUUUCAUUGGUCCUCAUGCCGGUGAAAUUAUUCAAGGUUUUGCUGCUGCUCUUAAGUGCAAUUUAACAUUCCCAAAAUUGAAAGAAACAGUAGGUAUUCACCCCACAGUGGCAGAGGAAUUUACACGUGUAUCUAUAACUAAACGUUCUGGACUUGAUCCUAAACCACAGAGUUGUUGCAGUUAAAGUAUGCACAAUAUAAGGCUUGUUGUAUUGCUGAUAUUUGUGAAUAUUUUUAAGUAUGAUCGUAUUGAUUAUUCACACUGGAAUUUAUUUUCCGUGCGGAACUCCUAUAAACGGGAAAAAUUGUUUACUAAAGACAAGUAGGACAAUUUUUAAGAUAUUGCAGUAUUUUCGACAAGAAAUUGUAGAGCAGUGUUCGAUGUAUCGCAUCGUGCAAGAGAUUUACUUCCUUUAGAAUGCGGUUAAUUAAUGUGAAUCUUACGUAUGUUGUAUUUAUAAGUCCUUUUUAUAAAUAUACUUUUUC